AUGUCCGGUGGUGGAUUUCUUAGCACAGAUAUCACGCAUCUGGACCAUAAAUUGCUGGAAUUGCUGCCACAAGCACCUAAUGGCCAUUUAUUUCGAGAGGCGUACCUUAGUUCACCAUGGCCUAAUGUCAAAGUCGAAGAACAGCGUUGUAAAAUAGUCGAACGUAAGCUGCUAUUUCAAGUUUGUAUGGUGGAAGAUAUUUCUAGGUCGAAGCUGUCGCAGAUAGACGAGUUUCAAAUGCGUUUGAAUCCUCGUAAACGUAUGGUGGAUAGGGUUAAUUAUUCUAAGCGCGAAGUUGUUACUGCUAUAGAUGUGGAUACAGAUGAGCCACAAGUAAAGGAUAGUUGUAGUGAUGUUAACCGUGUAUAUAAGCUUACGCUGCAGGAUAAAAUCGGUCAAUUGUUUUAUGCGAUUAAUAUUGAGCAUAUAGCGACACUAAAGACAUGUAUGCUCGGAGCGAAAGUGAUUGUUCUACCAGGUACAGUCUUCAAUCGAGGCAUGUUUAUGCUCACCAAUGCCAAUUUACGUACAUUAUUUGGCUUGAUACCGUCUUGGAAUGCUGACAAGGACCGGAAGAUCUGUACCUACUUAGAGAGCAAGCUAGAUGACGACCGCGAGGUACUGAAUGGGGCUAAUGGUAAACGUAAAAGAUGA